AUGGCCGCCCCCAAACCAUCAGGUCAAAGAGCAAUCGAGGCACCGGUCCCAGUCCCGGCCGAUGGCCCCGAAGCUCGAUACCGGGCCAAGGCGGAAAUCCUCAACCGCGCAAUCCAGGAAAUCGGCAUGGGCCGGUACCAGUGGCAGUUAUUCGUAGUGAUCGGAUUCGGAUGGGCGAGCGAUAAUCUCUGGCCGAUCGUGACAUCCUUAAUCCUCCCGCCGGUAUCCUAUGAGUUCGGAGUCUCGCGACCCCCACUACUCACGUUGGCGCAGAACAUCGGACUACUGAUUGGCGCGUUGCUCUGGGGAUUUGGAUGUGAUGUUUUCGGGCGACGCUGGGCGUUUAACAUGACGGUCGGGAUUACUGCAGUGUUUGGGCUGAUCGCUGCAGGGUCGCCCGAUUUCGGUGCUGCGUGUGCGUUCGCGGCAUUAUGGUCUAUUGGUGUUGGUGGAAAUCUGCCUGUGGAUUCUGCUAUUUUUCUUGAAUUCCUGCCUGGCUCGCAUCAGUAUCUGUUGACGGUUUUGUCGGUGGAUUGGGCUUUUGCGCAGUUGUUGGCCAAUCUGGUGGCGUGGCCUUUGCUGGGGAAUAUGACUUGCGCGCAGGAGAAGGGUUGCGUCAAGGAGGAGAAUAUGGGGUGGAGGUAUUUCCUCAUUGCGAUGGGUGGUCUGGCUAUGGGCAUGUUCGUUAUUCGCUUUGUGUUCUUCACGAUCUAUGAGUCGCCGAAGUAUCUGAUGGGCAAGGGUAAGAACGAGCAGGCAGUGCGGGUUGUGCACGAAGUUGCUCGCAGAAACGGAAAAGCCUCGUCGCUGUCGCUGGAGGAACUGGAUGAUAUCGACCAGGGCGCUGCGGGGUUAACUACCACCGGCAUCGUCCGUCAGAGAUUGGAGAAGCUGCGCAUGGGACACGUCCGCGCACUAUUCGACACGCCCAAGCGAGCCUACUCCUCAACUCUGAUCAUCCUAGUCUGGGCCUUUAUCGGUCUCGGAUUCCCGCUUUAUAACGCGUUCCUCCCAUACAUCCAGCAAUCACGCGGUGCCGAAUUCGGCGAUGGCUCGACGUACAUCACCUAUCGCAACUCGCUGAUCAUCGCCGUGAUGGGGAUCCCAGGCUGCCUCGUCGGUGGCAUUUUGGUUGAACUACCCAGAUUCGGACGAAAGGGCGCUCUCUCCAGCUCCACCGCACUGACUGGCGUUUUCCUGUUACUUUCCACGAGAGCGACGACAUCAAAUGCCCUCUUGGGAUGGAACUGCGCCUACAACUUUAUGAGCAGCCUGAUGUAUGCCGUGCUGUACGCUUACACGCCCGAAAUAUUCCUCACCAAGGACCGCGGCACCGGUAAUGCGCUGACUGCAUCUGCCAAUCGCAUUUUUGGAAUCAUGGCACCCAUCAUUGCUAUGUUUGCCAAUUUGCAAACAUCAAUCCCAGUCUAUGUUAGUGGAGCACUGUUUAUCGUGGCAGGUAUUCUGGUUGUCCUCUUGCCUUAUGAGUCUAGAGGGAAAGCAAGUCUGUGA